AGCAGAUCCACUUCUGUUUUUUAAAAAAGACUCCAACUAUCAUGCAGAAUUAGAGAAAUUUCCCUUCAACUACAGACGUAUGAGCUAGGAUGCUGAUUAGUGACCCUGUCUUCACCUUCCUCUCCAUCUCCUUUGAACCUUUAUAAAUAAACUAUUCUCCUAUCCAAUCCUUGACAAAAUCCUGUAAAGCAUUCUCUCCUCUGUUGCUUUUCUAGCAUUACAUGUUUUCAGCCAUGUCUCAAGAUAAAUCAGACUGCUUCACCAACAUGCAUAAAACAUCAUCUAACGAGCUAUCCUCUAUAUUUAUUGAUAUUGUAUUUUUUGGACAUUUCAUAAAGUUGAGUGAUUUGCAGAAAUUUUUCUCAAGAUUUUGGUUCUCCCUCAGAUCCAAAACUCGUUUUGAUAAUUCAAGGUUAUGGGAAAAGAACAGGAACCAAGAUUGUGAGUCAUCCAAGUCGCAGUGUCACUUAAACAACAAGAGAGAUGAUGGGAACCUCCGGAGAGAAGAGGUGGAGAUGGUGAUGGGGAAGGUAGGAAUUUUUUGCAGCACAGAAAGUGAGAAGCUUAAGGAGUCGAUGGGUUCUGAUGAGCUUUCGCAGCUGUUUGAUGAGAAGGAGCCAAGCUUAGAGGAAUUGAAGGAAGCUUUCGAUGUUUUUGAUGAAAAGAGAGAUGGGUUUAUUGACGCUGAAGAGUUACAGAAAUUACUCCUAAAAUUGGGAUUAAAGGAAGGAUCUACGAUGGAUAACUGCAGAAAAAUGAUCACAGCCUGUGAUGAAAACGGAGACGGAAGAAUAGACUUCAUUGAAUUUGUAAAAUUCAUGGAGCGCGUUUUCUCUUGAAUAUACUGUCGAACACAUCAAAAGCAUAAGAAAAUUUGAUAUUCUGCAUAUCUUCUCUUCUCCUCCUUAAAUCCAUCUCUCACAGAGUUUUCCCCUUCUUUUUUUAUUUUUUCUUUGUGGUUUUUUGCCCCUAUGUAAUUACCGUAUGCAGUUGAUAGAGCAUCAAUGUGAGAAGCAACGCCAGAUGACUAUCUCCAAAAAAUGUUGAUAUGAUAAAAAUAAAAGUAUUCCUAA